UGCUACGACAUCUCCGCCCGAACCUGGUGGAUGGAUGAGUUCCAUCCGUUCAUCGAGGCGCUGCUCCCCCACGUCCGGGCCUUCGCCUACACCUGGUUCAACCUGCAGGCUCGCAAGAGGAAGUACUUCAAGAAGCACGAGAAGCGCAUGUCAAAGGAGGAGGAGCGAGCGGUGAAGGAUGAGCUGCUGGGCGAGAAGCCCGAGGUGAAGCAGAAGUGGGCGUCUCGCCUCCUAGCCAAGCUGCGCAAGGACAUCCGGCCCGAGUUCCGGGAGGACUUCGUGCUGACGGUGACGGGCAAGAAGGCGCCGUGCUGCGUGCUGUCCAACCCGGACCAGAAGGGCAAGAUGCGGCGCAUCGACUGCCUGCGGCAGGCCGACAAGGUGUGGCGCCUGGACCUGGUGAUGGUCAUCCUGUUCAAGGGAAUCCCGUUGGAGAGCACGGACGGCGAGCGGCUCGUCAAGGCGCCGCAGUGCGCCAACCCCGGCCUCUGCGUCCAGCCGCACCACAUCGGCGUCUCUGUCAAGGAGCUCGACCUCUACCUGGCCUACUUCGUGCACUCAGAAACCAGCCAAUCAGAAAGCCCCAACCAGGCCAGCGAAUCAGAUAUCAAGGAGCAGCCAGAGAACGGUGAGACACACACACACACACACACCCCCAGAUAA